UCUUCACCCUCAUUUAGCAAAGUGAUAUGAUUUCGAUGUGAAAGUGUUACAUACUUCAGUUUGGACGUAAAGGUGUUAGUACAAGAAGAAAUUUCGUAAUAAUUGGAUAUCAUAAUAAAAUAUCGGAAUGGUAAAUGAAACAGAAUUUUGGAAUGAAAUUCGGAAAGAUAUUCCUCGAUACAAAAAAAAGAAACCGAGAGUUGUUCCCGCAUUUACGAUUCAAGCUUUACAAGAAAACACUGUUGUUGCAAAACCUCCACGGUGCGGAUUGUAUAAUCCGCAGCCGCCUAAACCAUCCACUUUUCGUAAAUUCUACGAACGCGGUGUAUUUCCAAUUACAUUAGAAACUGAUUCAUUCGGACCUAAACUCUGCUGGAAAGUUGAAAUCGAAAAUUUAGAUUUCCAUCACUAUUUGCCAUUAUUUUUCGACGGAUUAACAGAAACUGAAGAACCGCAUAAAUUUUUAGUAGAACAGGGAAUAUCUGAUAUGUUGGAACAAGGAGGUCCAAAGAUUUUGCCAGUUGUACCUCAAUUAAUAAUUCCUAUUAAAAAGGCUCUAAAUACAAAAAUGCCAGAAAUCAUUUGUAUUACAAUGAGAGCUCUUCAAAAACUUGUACGUUCAGCAGAUUGCGUUGGAGAGGCUUUAGUGCCAUAUUUUAGACAAAUCUUGCCAGUUCUUAAUUUGUUAAAAGAUAGAAAUGUCAACCUCGGAGAAGGGAUUGAUUACGCACAGCAAAGAGGAGAAAAUCCUGCUGACAUGAUACAAGAAACACUUGAAAUGCUCGAGAUAUAUGGGGGUGAAGAUGCUUUUAUAAAUAUCAAAUAUAUGAUCCCUACUUAUGAAUCCUGCAUGAUGAACUGUAUGAUGAAUUAAUUAUACAUACUCGUUAUCAGGCUAUUGUUUAAAAAUAUUCUUGACAAAACUUUAUUGAAAUUGUAAAU